GAAAACAGUGCCUCGAUGUUCACCAUAUGUAGCGUAGAUUUCGGUCGUUCGUCGAUGUCAAAUUCACAUUUCGUAAUCGUACCAGAAACGAUCGAACGGACAAUAAAAUGAUACAACUAUCUGCCAAAGAGUACUGCUGUGAUCUCCGUUUUAGUGAUUCGAAACUACAAUGUUCAUAAAAAUAGUAUGUAGUGUGAUCGUGUGCGCUUUCUUUCCGAAUUUGUUCGCAUCGCCGUUAGAUCCUGUUCGACACCUCAAAGAUUUCGAUUUGAAUUCGUGGAUUCGACACUAUGAGCCAGCGCAUUACGAUCCAAGUUCGGUAGUGUCGCAGCACAAACGCGUUCGAAGGAGUACAAGCACUAAUCGGUUCCAUCCACUUCGAAUCGACAUUAAAGGACACAACAGGUUAUUCAAACUGAAGCUCUACCCUGACGAGAGCGUGUUUGCUGACGAUAUAACGUUCGAAUCAACGAAUGGCAUUAUCGACUUCGAUCCGUUGGUUAUUUACACGGGAACUUUGGAAGAUGACGAUGAAGCUGUAGUGCACGGGCUAGUCACUAAAGAGGGUCUCUUCGAAGGAACAAUCUCCACUGCCCUCGAAGAUUUUAAUAUUGAACCUGUCAGUAGAUAUUUUACUGCAGGAAUAAUGAAGGAACCUAAUUUUCAUUCCAUAGUAUAUAGGACAACAGAUGUUAUUGAUCCUCUUAAAGGUCAACCGUGUGCAUCGCAUCGCCUCCACCAGCACACCACCCUUCACAAAAACCAAAACCACCGGAAAAAGCGCUGGCUGCUGGAAGCCGAAGCCAAGUUACCGCCGAGUUACGACGACACUCCCACGUAUUUCUCACCUCCCAGCAACAACAGCACGACGCGGAGACCUUUCACGCAGAUCUUCGACUUGAACCAGCCCAUAGACGAAGAGCUGGAGAUGCUGUCGAACAGCUCGGCCAAUUCUCUCUACCGCAACGUUAACAAACGAGCCACCGUCGAUCCGAAGAAGACCACUUGCAUGCUGUACUUGCAGGCCGACCACCAGUUCUUCAACAAAUACGGCACCGAGGAAGCCUGCAUCGAAGUCAUGACGAGGCACGUUCAGCGGGUGAACGCCAUCUACAGGAACACAGACUUCAACCAAGACGGCAAGAACGACAAUAUUACGUUCAUGGUGAAGAGGAUCAAAGUUCAUACAUUAGACGCCUUGAAGGAUCCACUCUACAGGUUUCCCAAUAACUACGGAGUGGAAAAGUUUCUGGAACUUUUUUCAGAGGAGGAUUACGAUGCUUUCUGCUUGGCUUACAUGUUCACCUAUCGGGACUUCGAAAUGGGCACUUUGGGUCUGGCUUGGACCGGAGAUUUGAAGAAUGCCGGCGGCGUUUGCGAAAAAAACGGGCAUUACAGAGGUAGCAUGAAGUCUUUGAACACCGGCAUAGUUACUUUAUUAAAUUACGGGAAGCAUGUACCGCCUGCAGUGUCCCAUGUUACGUUGGCGCACGAAAUUGGACAUAAUUUCGGAUCACCGCACGACCCGGAACAAUGUUCCCCCGGUGGAGAAGACGGAAAUUUCAUAAUGUUUGCCAGAGCCACUUCCGGAGACAAGAAGAACAAUAAUCGUUUUUCGCCGUGCAGCCUGAAAAGCAUCAACCCGGUGUUGAAUUUUAAGGCGAGGUCUACCAAAGGUUGCUUCACAGAACCGAAGGAAGCGAUUUGUGGAAACGGAGUGGUGGAAGAGGGCGAGGAGUGCGAUUGCGGUUGGGAGGAAGAUUGCCGGGAUCAGUGCUGUUUCCCGAUGAGAAGAUACGCGAGCAUCGACGAACCCCCCUGUCGCCUAACACCAAGGAGCGCUUGCAGUCCUUCCCAGGGGCCGUGUUGCACGUCGAAUUGCCAAGUCAAAUUCGGAGACAAAUGCAGAGAUGACAAUGGAUGUAGGGAUGAGAGCUUCUGCAAUGGCAGGGACCCGCAAUGUCCCCCAUCGAUCAAUAAACCAAACAAAACCAUCUGUAACAAGGAGUUCGUCUGCUUCAUGGGGGAGUGCACCGGAUCAAUUUGCCUCGCUUAUGGUUUGGAGUCGUGUCAAUGCAUUCCGUUAAAGACGGAUCCGAAAACGAAAGCCUGCGAGUUGUGCUGUAAACUCCCCGGUGAUAAUCAACCUUGUCUCUCGUCAUUCCAAUGGAACGAUAUGCCCUAUGACAUACCAGAUAUGUACUCUAAACCUGGAACUCCUUGCAACAAUUACAUCGGUUAUUGCGACGUUUUCCAAAUGUGCCGAGAAGUAGAUCCCUCUGGACCAUUGGCAACGCUCCGGAAGCUCCUUCUUUCCGAGGAAAGCAUCGCCAGUUUUAAAAAAUGGAUAAUAGAUUACUGGUACGCGGUAGCAGCUAUAAUAGUUGCAAUAGUUUCGUUAUUGGUGGUGAGCACGAAAUAUCUGAGCAAAAAGCCGAAUUUCAAAUUGAAAUCGGUGACAGUCAUCCACAAAUCUUCAACGGAAGCCGUCCGUUUGCCACCCGACGGCGAAGGGGUGACCAUCCACCCGGGCGUGCGCUCGAAAUUGCCCCUGAAAAGGAAAGUCAGAGACGGCAAGACGAAGCGGAAGCGAAAGAGCAAAAUCGAAUCCAUCAACAACAACCUCAACAGCCCGAACAAGGUGAAAAUAUCGCCGAAGAAGAAGAAGCGCGUAUCGGCGGCGGUGGGCGCCGAAGAGGUGAAGGCCAAGCCCGUCGACGCGAAAAUCUUCGAUGUGCCAAGCAACAAGGUGAAGAAGCCUUCGCAGACCAAACCGGCCAAAAAGAAGAAGAAAAACGAGAUAAUCGACUACAGCAGUAUUCAAGCCGAUUUGGACGGUAAGAAGGGACUGGCCGGAUCCGACGUGAUCAUCACGCCUCUAACGCCCGAAUCGGAUCCCGUGGGAAAGGUCCAAAACUGGCUGCUCAAGUCGCAGUACGCCUUGCCAAAAUCCAAAUCCACGCCAGUGGGACUUACUGAUAAGACCAGAAGGAGCCCGCACAAGCGCCCGACGAUCAGACCUCGGACGGACAAGAGCAAGUCGCGCAGCGUGGGGAACAUUCCGAACGAGAAAGAGAAAGUUCGUUUGCAAGUGGUGUACAAACCUCCGUUUAAAUUUAGUGUUAAAUUAAGGAAACCCGAGAAGACUAGUGUGAUAAUCGAGCGCGUUCCGGACGCCGUUCGAAAACUGGACAAAGCUCCGAGAUCAGGCGUGCUGGUGCGUACAGUGAAAGAAACCGAGAAGCCUCCUACCGUAUCGGCUCCGAAGGAAACCGGCGCUGCGGCGGUGGAAACCGCCGAUAACGCUGUUAAUUCCAACAUUGAUUCCAAUAUCCAUACCGUCCAAUCUGAUCUUGAAGUACUGUUAUCUGAAAGCGAAUUCCUGUUUUCAGAUGACUGACAAAUUCGCAGGCUCCUCAUAUUUUAAUAUCCCUUUUUAAAGGCUGUGGAAAAUUAUUCCGCAUUCUCUGAAAUGCUCUCUUUAUAUUUUUUAAUUGAACGUUAAUUUUUUAAGGGGAGUGGGUUCGCUUUAUUUGUAAUAAACGUUUUUCUCGAGAUUUUUCAUCUUUUAGAAAAACGUUUAUCGGGUUUAUUUACUUCAUUAAUCACAUUAAUUGUUGAUUGUCCUGAUUAAAUUAAUAACUUUUAUAUAAUGUACUUGUAAAAAUUAAUUUUCGUAUUAACGAACAAAACCCAUUCAAUUUUUUUUGUAAACUCGUGUGUUAUACUUUUAAAUGAUGUUGUGCCAAAUGUAAUAGAUAUAUCAUGAAUGUAUUUUGUACAAUAAAAGUGGAAGUGUCAAUAUUUGAGUUCCGAAAAAGUACUUAUAGUUGCAGAAUUUUUAUUAACAAUCAUCGCUAACCAGACUGUAAGAAUUUAAAAGUAAAAGUUCUGCAACAGUGAUAUUUGUAAAAAUUAUUUCGAUAUUAUUGUGAACAAUAAAGUGCUAUUUUGUGUAUAUCUGUUUUAUAUUGAUAUACGAUCUCUAGAAUAUAUCAAAUUGUAAAUUAUAAAUACGCAGCUAAUUUUUUAUAGGUAUAUAAAACACAUAUUUUUGAACUAAUUACAUACUGUAAUUUUAAAAGUAAUUUAGAGAGAAUGUGAAAAUGCACUUCAGAUUCUGCAACUUACACACCCAUAAGAUCAACUUUACCCAUUUUAAAAGCCUACAAGAAAUUAGCUGUAUGACUAAAUUCUAGAAAACAAUCAUUU